AUGUCAACAACAAAAUUCCAAGGAGUUGUCAAUCCAACUACUAAUCCAACUCAAACAGGAAAAACAAAAGAUGAUAUUCCUACACUCAAGAACAAAGUCACAGAACUUGAACAUCAAAUAAAUGAUUAUAAAAUAAAAUUAGAUGAAUUACGUCGUUCUAAUACAACAACAGUGGUGAAACUCGAAAAAGAAUAUGUCAAUACAAUUGUUCCAGCAUUUAAUCGUCCUGAGAAAACCAAAUCAUGUGAAAAAUGUGAAGAAUUUGAACGAAUACUUGAAACUGAAAGAAAAUCAAAUGCACAAUUAAAAAAAAUGAUUGAACAUAAUGAUAAUACCAAACAACAACUACAACAAUCAUCAACAACAAAUCCUAAUUCAUGUUCAAAAUGUUCAGAUUUAAAACAAUUAUUAGAUAUUGAAAAAGAAAAUAACCUUCAAAUAACUCAACAAUGUCAAAGUCAAAAAAAGCAAAAAGAACAAGAACGAAAUGCUAAAGAGAUAUUUGAACGAAGUAUAGAAAUAAUUCAAUCAGAAAUAAUUCAAUCAAAAAAAUCAUCUGAAGUAUUCCGUUAUGAAAAUCAAGAAUAUAAAAAGAAAUUUGAAUUAAUAAAAAAAGAGCAUGAUGAAAAAAUGGCUGAUUUAUGCAAUCGAGAAGACGAAGCAAAAAAAGAAAUUGAAACAUGGGAACAAAUGUAUCGUGAAUGGAUGGCAACGAUGGAAAGACGAGUUAAUAAUUUACAAGUUACUAAUGAAGAACUUCAAACAUGGUUACAUAAUGAGAAAGAUACGAGUCAACAACAUCGUUCUACUCAUUUUGAAAAUCAGCGUCGAUAA